GGCGUCAUGGCGUCAUGACGUCGCACUAGGUUUGUUUACUGUCUUGAGCGUGGCGGGGCGCUAAUGGUACAGAUUUUUCAUACUGUAAACAGUCUCUUCAUCCUCCGUACACGAAGUAACAGCACUGUGCCGAGGUACAGCUCCGCGACUACCGGCUGUGGCAUCCGUUCGUAUUAGGCAGACUUGAAAAACACUUCGUGCUGUUUUAUUUCAACACAGUCCUGCGACGCUGGAACUGAACUCGGAUAUCAAAACAUGGAGCUGCUUUACCAGCAUCUAAACCCACAACGCUAACGUUAGCACGGCUAACUAUCACCCUGCCAGGCUUUGGCGUUUCAGAUGAAUACUCUCAUCUUGUUGUCCUGAAACUUGCGGUUGCAUAGCCGACAGAUUCGCGUUUGAUACGGAAGUCAAUAGGACGAGGAACGAGUCUUUAUUUAAUGUAAACAUCCCGCUGUCUCUUACGCUUGUCAAUUAGCAGCUGCUGCCAUUGGAAAUGGCACAGUUAAGCUAGCUAGGUUGCUAUCCGAGUAAUUGUUGCUGAAUGGAGUGGAGUUUUCUUGAGUAUUGCCACACAGACUAGAAUAAAGUGAAGUAUCAGUUGACAGUUCAGGAAGACGGUGUCAGACAAAAUGUUGUUGAGGAGUUGCUGGAAAUCUCGACAUAAAGACAGCUCUGGACCUGCUCCUUUUUUGAUCCGGCCCGGAUUGGCAGCCCUGCUCUGGUUAUGUGUGACCCAGUUAGCUUGCGGCAGUGGGGCGGUGGGGGAAAUCAAAAAUGUGAUCCAGAAAGAUGCAGAGUUUGAUGUCACCUAUAAUGACACGGUUACAAGUUUAAACCAGACCAUCUAUGCUUUCAAUCACACUGUCUCCAGGAAUAAGACAGAGGGAGUGCACGUGUCUGUGGAUGUGUUGUCACAGGGUUUGGAGAGUCCUAUCCUGUUUGUGGUACGGCAGAAGCAAGCUGUGCUGUCUUUCCAAGUCCCCCUCAUCCUAAGGGGCCUCUACCAGAGGAAGUACCCUUACAAUCAUGUGGGCCGGACAUUGUGCCAGCCACCGACCCGGGCUGCCUCUGAAACCCAGUACUUUUUUGUGGACGUGUCUACCUUGUCCAGCCAGGGUACAAACUACCACCUCAGGGUCAGCCGUGUUGAAAGCUUCACCCUUCAGACAGACAAGAAAUUCAGCUUCACCGCAUCACCAUCCCAACCUCAGUACUUCAAGUAUAUCUUUCCAGACGGGGUGGACACAGUGAUCGUCAAGGUCAACUCAGUCAUGAACUUCCCCUGCUCCGUGAUGUCCAUCCAGGACAUCCAGUGCCCUGUCUAUGACCUUGACAACAAUGUGGCCUUCAUUGGGAUGUACCAGACUAUGACCAAAAAAGGGGCUAUCACUGUGCAGAGGAAGGAUUUUCCCAGCAACAGUUUCUAUGUGGUAGUAGUGGUAAAAACAGAGGAUGAGGCAUGUGGCGGUCCGCUGCGCUUCUACCCUCUGCGACCUGAUGAGCUGAUCGAUGCUGGCAACCGCAGCAAGGUCCUCGACGUGAUAGUCUCCCCUGCAAUCAACUCAAAGGUGUAUGUGACGGGCAUGCUGUUCUGUCUGGGUAUCUUCUUGUCCUUCUACCUGCUCACCUUCCUGGUGGCCUGUCUGGAGUACAAGCGAAUGAAUAAGAAGAGGGAGGUGUUUCAGAACCCUGCUGACAUGUCGCCUGCUGAGACAGCCUCUCUGCUUGGGAAGAACGGAGAUGGCAAGAUUCCAGCCUCGCCGUGUGAAUAUGGCUCCUUUGCUGACAACGGCAGCACACUGAGUUCUGAGGUCAUCACUGACAGUGCCAACUCAACCGAUAACAACUACGGAUACAUGGAGCGAUCAUUGGACAGCGUUGGGCGAAGCAGGCAGGAAUCUCUGAGCUCUGUGGAGGAGGAUGACUAUGACACGCUGGAUGACAUCAACUCAGACAAAAACAUUGUCCGCACCAAGAAAUUUCUGUGUGUGUCUGACCUGGCCCGCAAAGACAAGAGGGUCCUCAGCAAGAAAUACCAAAUCUACUUCUGGAACAUUGCCACCAUUGCUGUGUUCUACGCCCUGCCAGUCAUCCAGCUGGUCAUCACCUAUCAAACGGUUGUCAAUGUCACAGGGAACCAGGACAUUUGCUACUACAACUUCCUGUGUGCCCACCCCCUGGGAGCUCUUAGUGCAUUCAACAACAUACUCAGUAACCUUGGUUACGUGAUGCUGGGACUGCUCUUCCUCCUUUUUGUCCUCAAGAGAGAUAUUGUCCACAAUCGAGCCCUGGUCCGUAACGAUCUCCAUGCGCUGGAAUGUGGUAUCCCAAAGCACUUUGGUCUGUUUUAUGCCAUGGGAACUGCUCUGAUGAUGGAGGGCUUGCUCAGUGCCUGCUACCAUGUCUGUCCCAACUACACCAACUUCCAGUUUGACACCUCAUUCAUGUACAUGAUUGCCGGGCUCUGUAUGUUGAAACUGUAUCAGAAGAGACACCCGGACAUCAAUGCGAGUGCUUACACUGCCUACGCCUGCCUGGCUGCAGUCAUCUUCUUUUCCGUGCUGGGAGUGGUGUUUGGGAAAGGAAACACAGUCUUCUGGAUCGUUUUCUCAGUGAUCCACAUUCUGGCCACUCUCCUCCUCAGCACACAGCUCUACUACAUGGGCCGAUGGAGGCUCGACUCUGGGAUCCUGCGCAGGAUGGUGUACGUCAUCUACACAGAUUGCAUCAGACAGUGCAGUGGACCUAUGUAUAUUGACCGUAUGGUUCUGCUCGUAAUGGGGAACAUAGUCAACUGGUCUCUAGCUGCCUACGGCCUGAUAGAGAGACCUAAUGACUUUGCCUCCUACCUGUUGGCCAUCGCCAUCUGCAACCUGCUGCUCUACUUUGCCUUCUACAUCAUCAUGAAGCUGCGGAGUGGUGAGAGAAUCCAGUGUCUGGCGUUGGUGUGUAUUUUCUUCACGGCUGUCGUGUGGGGAUUUGCACUGUAUUUCUUCUUCCAGGGUCUCAGCACUUGGCAGAAAACACCAGCAGAGUCUCGUGAGCACAACAGGGACUGUAUCCUGCUUUCAUUCUUUGAUGACCACGACAUUUGGCACUUCCUCUCCUCCAUCGCCAUGUUCGGAUCCUUCCUGGUCCUCCUGACUAUGGAUGACGACCUUGACACCGUCCAGAGAGACAAGAUCUACGUCUUCUAGACUUGUCGGAUCUUUGGCGACGAGCUCAGCUCUUCCUCUCUGCCUUAGCGCCCUUCUUUCUCUCCUUUUGCGUCUCCUUCAUGUUCUCAAAGAGCACAGUCAGUAGCUUGGUUUUCCCAGACUGUCGAUGGGCGUGUCUCCACCUCUCACAGCCAAUCAAACAGUCCUGGAAGGGGUGUAGCCCCCCCUGCAGUUGCAUGGACACUAAUGUGCCAAUGAAGAACUGGAUCUACAUUGAAUGAAGUGUUUUGUCCGCUGCCACCAUCAAAAUAACUGUUGUGAUCGAUGUUUACUUACUGAUGACGAUAAAAAUGUACACACUUGCUUAAAAAAAAAAAAAAAAAAAAAAAAAAAAA